AUACUUCCAAAAUGUUUCCACGUUCUUUAGUUCCUAAAAGUAAUAUCGAACAAUUUGAGGAAACUUCAUACAAAAAUCCUAAGUCUUUUCGAAUGAAUCUUAUUGAUGGCCAGCUUGAUAUAUUACCAGCGGUAGAAUUUGAAACUGCUCAAAGAGAAACAAAAAUGAAUUUUCGAGUUAUUGAGUGGUGUAAUACUAACUCCAACUUGGUUGGAACCUUUAUUCCUUCCUUGACAUGUGUUACUUUACCAAAUGGUGAUAUUCUAAACCCUAGUAUUGCUGUUGUUCUUAAUGCCAGGUGGAACGCUCUAACAGAUGUUCAAAAAUAUCGAGCAUAUCCACCAGUUGCACCAAAUUUCGUUGUGGAGUUCCGUUCAAGGAUUGAUUCACCUGAAUAUUUUCAUAAUAAAAUGUUGCGAUGGAUUGACGGUGGAGUUGAAGAAGGAAUAUCAAUUGAUCGAUUUGUAAAUCCACUUGAAGUAAGAAUCUAUAGCUUUGAUUCUAAUACUAAUCAAAUCGUUUGGUUAACACACUCAAAUCCUUCUCAAAUUGCGUCAAAAGUUCUUGAUGGAUUUGUAAUUAAUAUGGAAGAUAUCCUUUAAAUGAAAGUAUAAAGAACCUAAGAUUUUGUUCUGUUAACCCUAUCAAUUUCGUUCUGUUGUAAUUUGUUCAUUAAUAAA